CGGAACCCUAGGAGUUCAGUCUCGGCUUGCCGGUGUCCAUUGCCGCACAUACUUGUUAGCUCUGGUCGCUUGCCUUUGAGGCGACGCGUACAUCGUUUCUUUCAACCCGUUAUCAGCUGCUCUAAGUCACUGCUACUUUUACUUCUUCUAAAAAAUAUCGCGGUCCAUCCAUUGUUCCACGGCCAGCUGAUUUUGUCUAUUCAAAAGUGUGAAGUUUGAUAUUGUCCUGUGUUCAAUUCAAAGUUUAUCGUGUCGAAAAUGGCUCGUUCGUUGAUGCGCUUCGGCAAAUAUCUCGGCCAAAAUUACACUGCCACCGCAGCGCCCUCCCUUUCGGUGACAUCCGUCCGGAACAGGUCGUCCGAUGCUCGCAUUCAAGUGGCUAAGCCGGUCGUGGAGAUGGACGGUGAUGAGAUGACCCGAAUCAUCUGGCAAUUCAUCAAGGAAAAGUUGAUUUUCCCCUACAUUAAGGUCGAAUGCCUGUACUACGAUCUAGGACUGCCCUAUCGCGAUCAGACCAACGAUCAAGUGACGAUCGAUGCCGCGCAUGCUAUCCUGAAGCACAACGUAGGCAUCAAGUGCGCUACCAUUACCCCGGAUGAGGCUCGCGUGGAGGAAUUCAAGUUAAAAAAGAUGUGGCUCAGCCCGAAUGGAACCAUCCGUAACAUUCUCGGAGGAACGGUGUUCCGUGAGCCGAUUCUGUGCUCCAACAUUCCACGGCUGGUACCGGGUUGGACCAGGCCCAUCAUCAUUGGCCGUCACGCGCACGGAGAUCAGUACAAAGCCCAGGACUUCGUCAUACCCAAGCCGGGUACGGUGAAAAUGGUUUACACUGCCGACGAUGGAACUACGCAGGAGUUCCAACUGUACAAGUACAAGGAUGGAGGUGUUGCCAUGGGAAUGUACAACACCGAUGAGUCCAUCGCCGCAUUCGCCCACUCUUCAUUCCAGAUCGCUCUCGGCAAGAAAUGGCCGCUAUACCUGUCGACCAAGAACACAAUCUUGAAGCGUUAUGAUGGCCGCUUUAAGGACAUCUUCCAAGAAAUUUAUGAAAAGAACUACCAGAAGCAGUUCGAAGAUGCCAAGAUUUGGUACGAACACCGUUUGAUCGAUGAUAUGGUUGCCCAGGCUCUCAAAUCCGAUGGUGCCUUCGUGUGGUCGUGCAAGAACUACGACGGAGAUGUGCAGUCCGAUAUUGUCGCACAGGGUUACGGUUCUCUAGGCCUCAUGACGUCCGUAUUGAUUUGCCCUGACGGAAAGACCAUUGAAUCGGAAGCUGCUCAUGGAACCGUUACUCGGCAUUACAGGGAACAUCAAAAGGGACGCCCAACGUCGACCAACCCGGUGGCAUCGAUCUUCGCAUGGACUCGUGGUCUGGAACACCGCGCCAAGUUGGACAACAACCCGGAUCUGGGCCGUUUCGCCACCGCCCUGGAGAAAGCCUGCGUCGAUUGUAUCGAGUCCGGUAAGAUGACCAAGGAUUUGGCCAUCUGUAUCCAUGGAGCCAAGAACACGAAGGAAGGCAUGUACUUGAAUACCCAAGACUUUUUGGAGGCGAUCUCUGAGCAGCUGGAACGUUCGUGGAAGAAGUAGGAUGUAUGUGUGAGUGCCAUUAGGUUUACACAAGUGCGGAAAGAUUUGCGUUAGAAUUUAAGAAACGGUGAUAAAAUAAAGUGAAAAAAUGCCAAUA